AUGGCAACUGCUUCCCUUUGAGCGUCUCGACGAUGCUACGAAUCGGAAGCUGAGAUUUGACUACUGAGUGCCUCUCCGUACAUACUUUCAAUUGCGCGGGCAAUGCAGAAUGAACGAUUCCUCAUCAAGUGGACGAAAUAACCUAUGCGCUCGCAUUUUGGAUUUAGAGUCAGAGCUCAAGGGCCUUGAUGGUCAACCAGAGUCGGAUCCGAAAACGCGCGAGAUCCAAGACUCGCUAAUCGCGCUCAGAAGAAAGAUAAAUGCGCUGGCAUACAUCUCCCAGCUUCCGGACGACCUGCUUACGAUGAUUUUCAUGGAAUGCAGACUUUUGCUCCCUCCAAUCAACUUUACGGAAAUGAGAGAUGAAGAUUGCGCUCACAACGCAGUCCUCUUCCUCACACAUACAUGUCAUCGUUGGCGGGAGAUUGCUCUAGCCUAUUCCAACCUUUGGACUCUCAUACGAUACCCUCAUCCGGAAUUCGUCGAGUGUUGCUUGAAGCGUUCCCGCAAAUUACCUCUAUCGAUGGAAAUUGAUACCACGCCAUCAGAACACACCCGUUUCCACCAGGAUGAUUUGAAGAAGGACCUGCAUAUGAUAUUUGAGAACUUGGAGAGGGUUCAAGAGCUGAGUAUCAUUACAUACGUAGAGUGGGCGCGUCAUGCGUGCAAGACUUACCGGGUCGAGCUCCUCACGCCAAUCCUCGAGUCAAUCAACGUCGAGGUGAAAAAGAUCAGGAAGAAAGGCAUACCAUCAUUUUCGCUCACAGAGCACCUUCUCAGAAGUAAUCCACCCAAACUAAAGCGCCUCAGCACGUUGGAUAUGGCAUUCCGGUGGUGGCGUUGGCGGUUUCCAUCACAACUCACGCACUUGGCAAUCCGUAUGACCGAGACUAGACACCUCAUCCACACCCAUUUCACCAUGGACGACGUUAUCAUAUGCCUACAAAAACUGUCCUCACUCCAGGACCUGGAACUGGAUUUCGCCCUACCUUUAUUACCGAUCCCAGAUGGCCCUCUAUCAGUUGAUGUAUCAGCAGGAGAAGCAUCCGUGACCCUGCCCCAGUUGCAGCGACUUGCGCUGACAUCGGACAUUAUAUGUUGCGUCUAUCUUUUGAACCGCCUCACGCUACCCUCUACAGCCGCCGUUUACCUCAAUGUGUGUACUAUGGAGUGGCAGGAAGACCUACCUCUAGUGAUGCCUUCCUUGACCCGACGCCUGUUGGGGGAGCACGUAAUACGACCCUCUCCCCUUCUCAGCCUGGCCAUCAUUCCAGAACGUGGCCUGGAGGAUAAUGUCGCCAUCUACGCCUACACGUCCGUCCCUCCUUUGGAGACAGUUCGGAAUGAGGAGUUACAGGACUUCGAUAUAUGCAUUGGGCCAACUCGCGAUUUCAUCCCUGUUAUGUCCGCUGUCUGCACUCAGAUGCGGCCUGCCUUAACCAAUGUACAGUUAUUCAGCUUAGCCCAUCUCGGACCCAUGCCCACAGGGACGUUUAUAAACAACUUCGGCCAUAUGAAUGACCUUCGCACUCUGGAUCUUUCUGGGGCAUCAGCGAAUGUCUUACCUGACUUGCUCACGAGCAGCCGUCAAAUAGGUGGCAAAGCUGGCACAAACGAAAGCGACCACUGUUUUCCUCGGUUGGAAAAAGUUACCAUUUGGUUUUAUUCCUUCAAAGGCAAAAACCACGGAGGUCUCGCGCAAGACAUAAUGUGGAAGGAGUUGUCUGCCGCGUUGAAAUAUAGGAAAGAGCGCAAUAUGGCGAUCCGGGAGCUUGUAUUUGAUGCAUGUGACAACAUCACCGAAGCUGAUGCAAAAACAUUAUCACGCUUCGUAGGCACUAUUCUUCAUAUACAGAAAGAAGACCCUGAAGAUGAUAUUGCGGACAACCAUUUGGGAACUUGGGAGCAUCCCAAGGACCCAUACUAACUCGCUGUCACCAAAGUUACGUCAAGGUUGGAACUGUUGUAGUUGACGAACCCAUAGACGGACGAAGGAUGUAUGGCCGAACAAUAAUACCCUUGGCAUAGGUUCGGUACCCCACAACAGCGCUAUUACAUUUGCCAAUGCUGACUGUGAUUUUCCUUUUCUUUCUGCGAUUUCAAUGUAGCAGGAAUCGACUUGUCAUAUGACAUGUCCUUUGUACUUAUUGCAUUCCAAACCUCAGCAAAGAUUGUCAUGGCAUGAGCUAUGAUUUGAGGGUGCAACCGGAGAGUGCGGAUGAAACUGAGUCAAACGAUGUCAAUAUCGAUGAACAGCGAAUUGGAUAUAUCGACAACAACAGUAUAGGACUAAAUGAACAUGACCAGUCAAGAAUGCGGAAUACAUGUAAGCAAAGAUGGGACUCAAGACUCCGCAUCUUCCGACUUCUUAUGUUUCUUCUUUCGCUUGAUCUUUUCUUUCUCGCCAUCUCCAUCGGCCAUAGCUUCAGAGUCUUUCUCGCGCUUCCGUUUUCGUUUCUCUUCGACGGUGGGCGCAGCGGUUUCUGUCGGCGCGACGAAUACCUCGGCUCGUCUUGCCCGAUUUUCUGCAGCAACCUCUUCUUGCUAAUGAAAUAUCGUCAGCCAU